UCACAGUGUGCCUUAUUUCUGCAGAUAAACGCCCAAUUAAUCUCUAGAUAACAAUAGAUUGUAGCUAUAGAUAAUUUGUAAACACACCGAAUAACAAUACGUCUCAGACGUCAGAAGAUACACGAACAGUAAAUCACCAACAAAAGCUGUUAUGAUUUUGACCUGUCCGGAAUGCAUUGUGCAUCUAUUCUGAUCUCAAAUACACUGCGCCCGCAAACAAGUGGACAGUGUGAUUAAACUCCCGUGUGUGUGUUCGAGACUAUUUGAAAUAUAAUAUUCCACUAUGUGUGAUAUAUGUGUGAAUAGUGCUGAAGUGAAAAAUGUGUGGACUUGAUAAAGUGGGGUUGUUCUGCUUUAUUACUAUCUUUGCUGUGACAAAGGGCGAUUACUAUUACAACGAUUCACUGAACCCUGAAGAGUAUAAUAUUGGCGCGUGGAACCAGCAACGCAAUGGGCGAGAUGCAUUCAGGUCUUCAAAUGAUGACUUUUACGUUUGUGAGGAACCGCCCGACACAGCGCCUCCAGAGUCCAACCGGACCUGCAACUACCGCAACGUGGACUACCAUGAGCAGAUCUACAAGUGGGUGGCGGGCCGCGGCUGCCUGCUCUACACGCCGGACUUCCUAUAUGUCGACGGCACCAAUUCUCUCAAUUUGAACAGUGCGUGUAUUUAUGGAAAUUUGAGGGCACCGUGUUUGGAGAUUCUUAAAGAAGACGGUACAUACGCCUGCUACCCAUUCGACCCAGGUUUAGAAGAGGUGGUUGUGGCGGUGAAGAACGCACUCAUUCCAUCUGCCCAUGGGCGCUGGGAGAGAUGUUUCGAAGAGGCUGCCAAUUGUUGCAAUCAGUAUAUGGCUCCAGAGAGUGCUAUUAGAAAGAGCUACCUUAUAGCAUUUACAGAUAUCCUUGAAGUCUAUGCCGAGAAUGAGGAACACGAAUGCAGCCCUACAUUCGAUGGUUGGACUUGCUGGGUGCCCGCCCCCGUCGGCACCACCGCCGUCGAAGUUUGCUCGGAGUUUGCCUACUCUAAUCAAGGACCGACUUGUCAUCAUUUCAGCAGCAAGCAAUGCUACCAAAACGGAACCUGGGAGCUCCAAACCGACUACAGCACUUGCAGCAUCACCUCCCGCCUCCUUCGGCGAUAUCGCUUCUACAUCGCCAUGUUAGCCUUCUCCAUAGCAUCCUGUCUGCCGGCGGUGGCCAUCUUCUUCUUCUACAAGAGGCUCAGAGUGACGAGAGUUGCGCUACAUAGGAAUCUGCUGAUUGCUAUAGUGAUAAGGAAUAUUUUGGUCAUCAUUAGUAGAAGUGUGAUUUACAUCGACGAAUUAACCAACUCCGGUGAAACUGCAAUGUCGACUCACGCCGUGGGGUGUCGAAUACUGGCUAUCCUAGAGAAGAUCGCAGCCAACGCAGUUUUUGUGUGCAUGCUGGUCGAGGGGGUGUAUCUGCAUAGGAUGAUUGUGACAACCUUUAGGAGAAACCUGAAGGUUAAGUGGCUGUACGCUAUGGGAGCUGUAAUCACCAUAUUCCCAGUAAUCGCCUGGUCCAUCGUCAUGGGGCUACUGGACGACCAUUCUUGCUGGGUUGUGUACACAGUGAACCAUAUCCAGUGGAUCCUCGACGCGCCGCGUCUGGCCGUGCUGCUAAUAAACACAGCCCUCUUUAUCGACGUGUUAAGAGUUCUGCUUACUAAGAUUAGAAACAGCGAGAAUGCUAAUCAGCUAAGCACAACUAAAGCCACGCUCUUCCUGAUGCCAAUAUUCGGCUCCCAGUUCCUCCUGACCGCGUUUAGACCGAACACGACCAACUGCACCGGCGAGCAGAUCUACUAUUACGUCACCUACGCCAUCGAGGGCCUGCAGGGGUUCGUCGUAGCUAUGCUGUACUGUUAUGUCAAUAAAGAGGUCCGCAUGUUGAUAAAAGCAACGUACCAGAAAACAGAAAACGCAGUAGUGUCACGCGUUCGCGGAGAUUCCUACGCCCGACCCAGCCUGAACCCAAAUUCAAGGAGAAUGACCUACAGCACAAAUCUCCCUUCGCAAUUCGAGGACCCGGAAAACGACGUAGUCUUACCCAAGUUACACGUUGCUGAAAUCAUAUCAAUAAAUGCUACCGAAAAAUUAGCAGAGAUCUUAGACCCCGUCUACGAAACUAUUUAUAUGGGAGAAACAAAUAAAGGCUACGAUUCGACUCAAGACGUAACUCGAGAUAAAAAAAAUUACGAUAUCUACACAAACGCUUCAAGCACCUCUUAUGAGAAUCAAGACUGGAUAAGGUCUGUGACGUCACACGAAAGCGACGCUAAUUACGAACUACAUGGAAAAUCGGAAGAUUUCAAACUUGAAGGAGUAAACGGGCCUAAAAAUAAUAUUAAUGAUAUAAAUAAUCCAAAAACAGAUAGCAAUAACGCAUAUGAUGAUCCAAAACAAUUAGAGAAUUGUGCUUAUGAUGAUUCGCUAGAUGGAACAGACCAUGAAAGUAUGUUCGAAGAAAUAAUUCAAUACAUCGAUGUAAAUAAUGCUAACGAUCGUUUAGAUCCUGAACUUUUAUCUCCAAACAGACAGAAAGAAGAUCAAAUUGUAUUUAUAGAAGAAUAAAAAAAUCUAUUUUAAGUAUAAUUAUUUG